CCAGAGAACUACACAACUAAUGUGGGACCAUGGCAGUGCCCAGAUGCACGUGGCCAGAUUAUGUUUGGAGAGCAGUCAUGGCCUGCUUGGUACACAGGGGGUUGGGUGCCUCAUUGACUCUUUGUGUGUUAAGCUGUUUACUUCACGCUGCCCAUGUGCUCUCACAAAAACUGGAUGAUGCAGACCCACUGGUGACUACCAACUUCGGCAAAAUAAGAGGGAUCAAGAAAGAACUCAAUAAUGAAAUUUUGGGUCCUGUUAUUCAGUUUCUUGGUGUUCCAUAUGCAGCCCCGCCAACCGGGGACCAUCGUUUUCAGCCUCCGGAACCACCAUCUCCUUGGUCAGACAUCAGGAAUGCCACUCAGUUUGCUCCUGUCUGCCCCCAGAAUAUCAUUGAUGGCAGAUUGCCGGAAGUCAUGCUUCCUGUGUGGUUUACUAAUAACUUGGAUGUGGUUUCAUCGUAUGUACAAGACCAGAGUGAAGACUGCCUGUAUUUAAACAUAUACGUCCCAACUGAGGAUGGUCCCCUUACAAAGAAACAGACAGAUGAUUUAGGUGAUAAUGACGGUGCUGAAGAUGAAGAUAUUCGGGACAGUGGGGGUCCCAAACCAGUGAUGGUAUAUAUCCAUGGUGGCUCAUAUAUGGAAGGGACUGGAAAUUUAUAUGAUGGGAGUGUCUUGGCAAGUUAUGGCAAUGUGAUCGUCAUCACAGUCAACUAUCGACUUGGGGUACUCGGUUUCUUGAGCACAGGGGAUCAGGCUGCAAAAGGAAACUAUGGACUCCUUGAUCUCAUACAGGCUUUAAGAUGGACUAGUGAGAAUAUUGGAUUCUUUGGUGGUGACCCCUUAAGAAUCACUGUUUUUGGAUCUGGUGCUGGGGGCUCAUGUGUCAAUCUGCUGACUUUAUCCCAUUAUUCUGAAGGUAACCGUUGGAGCAAUUCAACCAAAGGACUCUUUCAACGAGCAAUCGCUCAAAGUGGAACAGCCCUUUCCAGCUGGGCUGUUAGUUUCCAACCUGCAAAAUAUGCUAGAAUGUUGGCCACAAAAGUUGGUUGCAAUGUUUCAGAUACAGUAGAGUUAGUGGAAUGCCUGCAGAAGAAGCCUUACAAAGAACUUGUUGACCAAGAUAUUCAACCAGCACGAUACCACAUAGCCUUUGGACCUGUGAUUGAUGGUGAUGUGAUACCGGAUGACCCUCAGAUACUGAUGGAGCAAGGAGAGUUUCUCAACUAUGAUAUAAUGUUAGGAGUUAACCAAGGGGAAGGAUUAAAAUUUGUUGAAAAUAUAGUAGAUAGUGAUGAUGGUAUAUCAGCUAGUGAUUUUGACUUUGCUGUUUCCAAUUUUGUUGAUAACUUAUAUGGAUAUCCUGAAGGCAAAGAUGUUUUGAGAGAAACCAUUAAAUUCAUGUAUACUGACUGGGCUGACCGUCAUAACCCUGAAACCAGAAGGAAGACAUUAUUAGCUUUGUUUACGGACCAUCAGUGGGUGGCACCAGCUGUAGCUACAGCAGAUCUUCACUCAAAUUUUGGUUCACCCACGUAUUUCUAUGCCUUUUACCAUCAUUGCCAAACAGAUCAGGUUCCAGCUUGGGCUGAUGCAGCUCAUGGAGAUGAGGUUCCCUAUGUACUAGGAAUACCCAUGAUUGGACCUACAGAGUUAUUUCCUUGCAAUUUCUCCAAAAAUGAUGUGAUGCUGAGUGCAGUCGUAAUGACAUACUGGACAAAUUUUGCUAAAACUGGUGAUCCAAAUCAACCAGUCCCUCAAGACACAAAAUUCAUACAUACUAAACCCAACCGCUUUGAAGAAGUAGCAUGGACCAGAUAUUCCCAGAAAGACCAACUUUAUCUCCAUAUUGGAUUAAAACCAAGAGUUAAAGAACAUUACAGAGCCAAUAAGGUAAACCUCUGGUUGGAGCUGGUACCUCAUCUGCAUAAUCUCAAUGACAUUUCUCAGUAUACCUCGACAACAACGAAAGUGCCAUCAACUGACAUCACUUUCAGACCUACGAGAAAAAAUUCCAUACCUGUCACAUCAGCCUUUCCCACUGCCAAGCAGGAUGAUCCCAAACAACAGCCAAGUCCAUUCUCAGUGGAUCAAAGGGACUACUCAACAGAGCUGAGCGUCACUAUUGCCGUUGGAGCAUCACUGCUAUUUCUGAACAUCUUGGCCUUUGCAGCCCUGUACUACAAAAAGGAUAAGAGGAGACAUGACGUUCACAGGAGAUGCAGCCCUCAGCGCACGACUACCAAUGAUCUGACCCACGCACAAGAAGAGGAGAUCAUGUCCCUCCAAAUGAAGCACACUGAUUUGGAUCAUGAAUGUGAGUCCAUCCAUCCACAUGAGGUGGUUCUUCGGACCGCCUGCCCCCCAGAUUACACACUAGCUAUGAGGAGGUCACCUGAUGAUGUUCCCUUAAUGACACCCAACACCAUUACAAUGAUUCCCAACACUAUACCAGGGAUUCAACCCUUACACACAUUCAAUACUUUUACUGGAGGACAGAACAAUACUCUGCCCCAUCCCCACCCCCACCCCCAUUCACAUUCAACAACCAGGGUAUAGCCAGAUAAGAGAAACAAACUAUUUUUUUGAUGGAUUGCAGUAAAAGAUUACUGAAGAUUCCUUGGCUUUCAACCUACAAGACUCUUACUAUUUAAAUAAGGAGGAAUAUUAUGUGAAUAUACAUAUCAAG